UUGCAUGUGAACUCACGCUGACUUUGAGAGGCAGAUAUUUUUGUUAUCUCCGCUUUCUGGAAACUGAGGCCCCAAGUCCCUUGCCCGAGGUCCCCCAGCCAGGCAGCCUCGUCCAGACAAUGGUUAACCUGGCCUGGCCGGCUCCAGGGCGGGUUCUGGCCAGGGCGGCGCAUUCUUCUGACCAGAGCGUACGGUUGGUUUGUGCCUGGGCCCUGCGGGGGCCUCCGGGGCCCCAGCGCCCCCAGGAAUCGGAUCGGGAUGCCCGGCCCACGCACCGGUUCCAGAGAAAUAGCAAGGAAAGGCACCGUCUGUGUCCUGCUGUCCUUCCCCUUCAUCUUCAGCCCGUGCCUGGGCUGCGGGGCGGGUACCCCGGAGUGGGCCGCCCUCCUGUACUACGGGCCCUUCAUCGUGAUCUUCCAGUUCGGCUGGGCCGCUGCGCAGAUCGCCCACCUCAGUCUCAUCCCGGAGCUCGUCACCAACGACCACGAGAAGGUGGAGCUCACGGCCCUCAGGUACGCCUUCACCGUGGUGGCCAACAUCACCGUGUACGGUGCCGCCUGGCUGCUGCUCCGCCUGCAGGGCUCCCCGCACACGGACGUGGCCCGGGAUGUCCGCGACCAGCUGGGCGUCCAAGACGUGCGGGUGUUCCAGAACCUGUCCCUGCUGGUGGUCGGAGUGGGUGCCAUCUUCUCGCUGCUGUUCCACGUGGGCACGAGGGAAGGGCGCCGGCCGCGGGCGGAGGAGCCGGACGAGCACAGCCCGCUGCUGGCCCCGCCCACCGCCCAGCCCCUGCUGCUCUGGAAACACUGGCUGCGGGAGCCCGCCUUCUAUCAGGUGGGCCUGCUGUACAUGAGCACGAGGCUCAUCGUGAACCUGUCCCAGACGUACAUAGCCAUGUACCUCACCUACUCGCUCAACCUGCCCAAGAAGUUCAUCGCCACCAUCCCGCUGGUGAUGUAUGUCAGCGGAUUUUGCUCGUCCUUCCUCAUGAAGCCGGUCAACAAGUGCAUCGGGAGGAACCUGACCUACUUCGCGGGCCUCCUGGUGAUCCUGGCCUUCGCCGCCUGGGUGGCGCUGGCAGACAGGCUCGGCGUGGCCGUGUACGUAGCCGCCGUGCUGCUGGGCACGGGCUGUGCCACGAUCCUCGUCACCUCGCUGGCCAUGACGGCCGACCUCAUCGGCCCCCACACGCACAGCGGAGCCUUUGUGUAUGGUGCCAUGAGCUUCUCGGAUAAGGUGGCCAACGGGCUGGCGGUCAUGGCCAUCCAGAGCCUGCAUCCCUGCUCCUUGGAGCUCUGCUGCCGGGCCUGCGUAGGCUUCUACCACUGGGUGAUGGUGGCUGUGACUGGUGGCGUGGGCGCGGCCGCCACCCUCUGUCUGUGCAGUCUCCUGAUCUGGCCCAUCCGCCUGCGGAGCUGGGACCCCGGAGCCUAACCCUGACACCGUCCCCCCACGGUCGCGGUCCUGUGCACGUGAACUCUACGGGCCAUGCCCAGCUCCCAUCCCUGCCCCCCAUCCUCACCCGGCUGUGAGGGCGGCAGGUGAGGGCAGGCGGUCGGCAGCCCAGACUCUGAGCUUGGCCCUCUGGGAUCCAGGGGAGCGCCCGGCUCACCCGUCACCCCAGGCUCGGUCGGGGUUUCCUAGGUGCUGCCGGGUCCCUGGACGAACGGUGUCGUCAUUGGGCCUGAUGGGAGCCUCAGGCUUGGGGGUUGGGGGGGGACCCGGUCCCACAACCCUGUGCCCAAGGCCACGACUGGCUAUGAAUAAAAAGCCACCCAGGGG